AUGGCACCUCCUAUUGUUCACCAAGUGGAUCUCAAGACCGCUAAUAUCCAAGUCGAUCAGGAGAAAUUAGGCCAAUUGAAGAAUCCGCUGUUGGACGAAAUUGAUAAGUUGCGUCUGCAGCAUAUUGAUCGAUUUAUUCCGCUCCCGCAGCUCGUGGUCUGCGGCAAUCAGUCGUCCGGCAAAUCUUCUGUUCUUGAGGCUAUUUCAGGCUUCAAGUUCCCUGUGAAGGCAGGGCUCGGGACAAGGUGGGCAACCGAGCUAAUCCUGCGACGGUCUGACAAGUGCAGUUCUACAGUCGAAAUUCAGCAUGCUUUUGGAAAUACCAUCCCUACGGGACACUUUGACCCUCUCUUUCAGACGUUUUAUAAUGCAGACUCCUUCGAUGGCAUCGCCGAAGCUAUGCAACGCGCACAGGCACGCCUUAAAGAAAAUGGGCCCAAAGACAAAAUGUGUGAAGACAUACUCAGAAUCAAGAUUCAAGGACCAGAUUUGCCACAUCUGAGUCUUGUCGACCUUCCCGGUGUCAUUGGAUCCGCUGAUGAUGCGCUGAAGAAAAGCAUUCCAUUCGCUUUCAUGAGAAAGUACUUAAGGAAUCCUCGGGCCAUCAUUAUGGCUGUAGUAAAUGCGGCUGUUGACGUCAAUACCAAUGAUAUCCUUGAUGAAGUGAAAAAAUUCGACCUCCACGAACAUCGAACGAUUGGUAUCAUAACGCAGGUCGAUCGAUGCGACAAUCGCGACAGAGAAGAAGAUUAUUUGAGAUUGGCGAUGAAUCAACAUGAGACUGCGCAAUACACACAUGGCUGGCACGUUGUGAGAAAUCGAGGUUCGAAAGAAACGGACUACACCUCUCAAAAGCGAGACGAAGUUGAGAGAAGGUUCCUGGAGAGAGGUAUUUGGGAAGAGUUGGAUUGGAAGAACAAGGGGAUAGAUUCGUUGCGAGUCCGCUUAAGCGAACUCACUCAGCGGGUCGUGAAUCAAAACCUAGGCCCAGUGAUUGCGGAUAUCCAAAAGGAGAUCGACAAGGCCCAGAAAGACCUCGAACAACUUGGACCAUCGCGAGAUGGAGACGAAGAAAUGGAUAAGUAUCUUCGAUCGCUUGCCGAGGAAAUGCGACUGUUCAUCCGCGACGCCAGGGUGGGAGUCUGGAUUGAGUCAUUCUUCACUUCUGCACGUGGAGGAACGUCUCAUAGAAACCUUCGCGCCAAGGCGCAAAUUAUCGGGGAGAAAUUUAGAGAUGACAUGCUCUUAAAUGGCAAAUCUUUCCUAAUACUUGACUCGAAGUCAGGAGAGAAACACGAGCUCCACACCGAGGCCAUUGCACAAGCAACUGAAAUCAGUCGGGAAUUCAACACAGGGCAUCCGCCUGGAGUAUUCCAAAACCCCCAGGUCGUGUCUCAAUUGUACUUGCGGCUUGUCAAGAACUGGAAGGGUAUUAUGCAAAACUACCAAGAUGAAAUAAAUAAGGCGGUCUGGGACUUUUUCCAGGAAAUCAUCAAGUCUCGAACUGACGAUCACGUCGCGAAGCGGAUCAUGGAUGGGAUUGUUGCGCCAGCCUUAUUGGAGCGUAGAAAGAAGCUUAGCAGAGCGUGCAACGGUUUCUAUGCACCACAUGAAGAAGGGCUGAUCGCCACAUUCGACUUGAAUUUCAAGGACAAAAUCAGGAAUCUUAAGCAAUCUCGCCUGGGAGACGCCAACGACGAAACCAAAACACUGGUCGACACUCUGGAGUGCACCUUGGCGUUCUAUGAGAUCAAACUUCCAACAUUUAUUGACAAUGUCACUAUGUUGGGUGUGGAGCGGUGUCUUCUUCACAAACUUGAGGAUAUCUUUUCCAUCAAGAAUCUAGAUGCGAUACCUAAGAGUGAUCGGCUCUACCUCGUUGAAGAACGAGUUGAUUCAAAGUCCAAGAGAAGGGAUCUUACUAAAAAGCUAGAAGCACUCGAGACGGGGCUCAUUGAUCUCAAGAAUCUAAGAAGCACGGGGCUAGCAUUUCCAGAUAACCCGCCGGAUGUGGAAGAACAGGUUAGAACACAACAGUGGGACCAUAAGAAAGAACAGCUUUUUGAAGUGGAAGAAGCAUCAGUUAAGUCCAAGAUCUCGAGUGAGCUUGGCCCUCAGACCACACUCAAUACUCCGUCGAGCUCCACCGAUCCACAACCAUUCGAUUUUAACGGAAAUACGACACAUGCGCAGCCGCUCACAGGCGACUUUCAAAGGGCGAAGCAGGCCAUUGGAAUGUCCACAAGUCCAACUGCCCCCAACCUUACCGGGAAUACACCAAAGCCGACAGCGUCGACAUUGUUAACGCCAAGCAAAUGUUCUCAGAGUCGUCGUUCUCGAAGGGAUCUCAAUAUUGGCUAUAAGGCUGGAAAAUCAUUUACUGUGCCUGUAGACCAGGAAGAAGAACUAUGA